AACAUCUUCAGUGUCUAUCUAAACAUUUUCACUAUUAAUAUUUUUAUUUUAAGUUCGCAACUUUUCGUUAUUCGUUUAAGCUUAAAGUUUAGGAAUUUUACACAAUAAAUAGUUUCAAACUGGCUAAUAUCUAUUAAAUUCAAAAUCAUUUAAUUAUUUUAAAUAUUUACGAUGGUGUUGGCUCACAAUGUUCAAAGUGUUAAGAGAACUGAUGAUAUUAAAAUAAAUACCGAAGCAACAUUUGAAUCAUUAAUGCUCUCCAAAAAUUUAUUAGAUGGUUUAACAAGUGCUGGAUUUUACAAACCUUCCCCUAUACAACUUUUGGGCAUUCCAUUAGGAAAAUUGGGUUUAGAUCUUAUUUUAGAAGCAAAAUCAGGAACUGGGAAGACUGUAGUGUUUACCACUAUAGCCUUACAAAAACUUAAUUUUGACAGAGGAUUGCAAAUUAUCAUUGUUACCCCAACUCGAGAAAUAGCUGCACAAAUAUGUGAUGUGUUGAAACAAAUUGGGUCCUAUUGUACUAGACUAAAUGUGGAAAUGGUCAUAGGAGGUCUGUCAUUUAAGGAGGACUUAGAAAAGUUAAAAAAUAAUGUACAUAUACUAGUUGGAACACCAGGAAGAAUAGUACACUUAAUGAAAGAGAAGCAUAUUGUAACAAAUGAGAUUAAUCUACUAAUUUUGGAUGAGGCUGAUAAAUUAAUGGAAAAUAGUUUUGGAGAUGAUAUACUAUAUAUACACUCUGCUUUGCCAAGAGAAAAGCAAAUAAUUUUAAGUAGUGCUACAUAUCCUGACCGUAUAGCUAAAGUGGUUAAUAAGAUAAUUAAAAACCCACAUCAUGUAUGUCCUGACAGCAGUAAUGUUCUUCUUGGUGUAAGCCAUAGAGUUACUUUUGUAAAAUAUAAUAGCAACAGCGUACGCCAAACUGAGCUAAGAUUUAAUGAGUUAACCAAAAUUCUGUCAGAAACAGAGUUUAAACAAUGCGUAAUAUUUUGCAAAUAUCAAGCAAGAGUAUCACAAUUGCACAAGCUGCUAACCAAAGCUAAAUGGCCUGUAGAGCUUGUGUAUGGAAAACAAGAACAAACAACAAGAUUGGAAGCUUUGAAAACAUUACAGGAAUACAAAUGUAGGAUAAUUAUAUCUACCGAUCUAUUAUCAAGAGGCAUUGAUUCAAAAAAUGUUGAUUUAGUUAUUAAUUUUGAACCACCUGAUACAUGUGAAACAUAUUUGCAUAGGAUUGGACGAUCAGGCAGAUAUGGAUCUAUUGGCAUGGCAAUAUCAAUUUUAUGUGAAGGAGAGGAAUCAGUUACUUUUUUUAAACUUCUUGCACCAGUAACUCAUACAAUAGAUGUGAAACAUUUUUGGAAUGGUGAGGCAUUAAGCACUAGUAAUAGUAGAACAUCAAAUUGGAAUGAAACUUUUGUAGAGAGUGAAAUAAGCAAUUGCAAUCAAAAUGAAAUACCAUCGAGGAAAAGUGAUCCUAGUGAAAAUUUUUGGACAUCUUUAGUAAGUGAAACAGUUACACAGAAUAUUGAAAGUUUUAAUCAACUUUGCAAUUCUUAUAACACCAUUACUGAUAAUGCUAGAUUGGAAUCAUUUUCAGACUUACUUGAUGAUUUCAUUAAAACUGAUGACAUUCUACAGGAAGAGUGUGAAGCUACUAAAUAUAGGCAAAUGGACUUUGUAAAUUUUAAUUAUAAAGAUGGUUUUGAUGCAAUUAAAAAAUUAAAAGACGAAAUAUGUGAACCAUUUAAUGGUAUUUCUGAAACCGAGAAUGGGGGUAAAGAUCAAAACACUUUACAAAAUGGAAACCUAGUUAAGUCUAAAACUAAUAGCAGUUUAGACAUUUGUAACAGAUCUUUUUUGGAAAGACAACACAAUUAUAGUAAUCCACAAAGAAAUGAACAAGACUUUGAAUUAGAGUUGCCGAAAGCAUUUCAUGAAAGCAAAUUCAAUGGAAAAACAAAGAAAAUUGCUAGAAAUAAAAAAGCAAAAGUUCCUGCUAAUACUAGGCCUAAUCUGGUCUGGUAUGAAACUGAAUAUAGAGAUGAAGGAUGUAUUCCUGCUGAAAAAAAUAUACCAUCUACAAAUGAAAAAUUAAGAAACAGUAAUGAAAUUAAGCAUAACAGAAAAUCUAUCAAUUCUACAAAGGUAGCUGAUAAAUCAGCGGCUAAUAUUAGUAAAUAUAAAUGUAAAGAAGAAGAAUAUAAUAGAUGGUUCCUUCAACUGAAAUUAAGAAUGAAUCAAAUUGAAACUUUAUUGUAUAUAGAAGAAAUGAAUAAAUAAAAAUAUUGAAUUGUUUUGAUUUUUGAAAUCAAAGAAUUAUUAAAUAAAACAAUGUAAUUGAACUUU